AUGAGUAAUGAUCGAAAACAUCUUUGGAAGGAUAUUGGUCUUAUUUCCCAAGGCACCAAGAUUCUGUGGAUUGUUGGUGGAGAUUUUAACUUUAUUUUGUCUACUGAAGAGAGGCUGGAUUAUCGUGGCAAUGGCACAGAAAUGGUACCAUUUCAAACUUGUGUUUGUGAAUGUGGGCUGGAAGAUGUUAAGUACAAUGGGUCAUAUUUUACUUGGAAUAAUAAACAAGAGGGGAAAGCUCGGGUUUGUGCAAAGCUGGAUCGGGUCUUGGCAAAUAAUGCUUGGUUGGAUACCUUUCCCACGGCUGAAGUCAGUUUCCUUGCAGAGGGUAUGUUUGAUCAUUCACCAGGUCUUCUCUCCAUUUAUCCGAAUAUGCAUGAUAACCAGAAACCUUUUAGGUACUUCAAUUAUUGGAGCUCUUUGAAAGAUUUUACUGGUAUUGUUCAAAAUGGGUGGAGUGAGAAUGUUGAAGGUUAUCCAAUGUACUUAUUUGUCAAAAAACUUAGGCUUCUGAAACAAGGGCUCAGGAGGUUACAUGAACAAGAGAAAGGUGAUCUUGGUAUUCAAGAUUCGGAAGCUUAUAAAGCUUUACUUGAUAUUCAUGUCGCUUUAAGGGAGAAACCUGGUAAUGGAGAGCUUAUUACUCAGGAAACUCAAGCUAGGAAUAAAUUUGCUGAGAUCCACAUGAAAUACCCAAUUUUUUUAAGACAAAAAGCCAAGGUAAAAUGGCUUGCUUUUGGUGAUGACAAUUCCAAAAAAUUUCAUGCUAGUAUGAAGCAGAGGAGAAUGCAAAACACCAUUUAUUCGGUCAGAAACAGUAAUGGAGAUUGGGUUACUGAGCAGAGUGAGGUCAUUCGAGCUUUCUUGGAUUUCUAUGAUAAUUUACUAGGAUCCAAAAUGAGUUCAAGAACCCGGGGACAGUAUAGUUCAAGAGGGUUCGCUGGGAAAAUUCUUAAGGAAAUAAAUGCCAUAUCCAUUACUUUAACCCCCAAAAUGGUUUGUCUUGUCUCAGUGAGUGAUUAUAGUCCUAUUGCUUGCUGCAAUGUGGUCUAUAAAGUGGCCACCAAAUUAUUUGUUCUCGCCUUCGAAGUAUUCUUCCUUGCAUUAUAUCCGCCAAUCAGAGUGGAUUUGUUCAAGGAAGGAAAAUAG